AUGGCGUUCACGCACCGGCACCUCGACCUCAUCCGCGCCCACCUCCUCGACGACCUCCACGCCGACGCCCUCGCCAGCAGCAGCGGCGACUCCGAUUCGAGCCCUUCGUCGCCGCCUGGGUGGCGGAGGCCGGCGCUCUCCGUGUCGCUGCCGCCGAAGCCGGCGAGGACGGUCCUUGAGCGGCAGCCUCAGCAGGAGAGCUGCGGCUACGUGGAGGGACAGGAGGAGUACGACGACGACUUCCGGCGGUACCGGGGCGUGCGGCUGCGGCCGUGGGGCAAGUUCGCGGCGGAGAUCCGGGACCCGGCGCGGAAGGGGGCGCGCGUGUGGCUCGGCACCUACGACGACGCCGUGGAGGCCGCGCGAGCCUACGACUGCGCCGCCUUCCGCCUCCGCGGGCCCAAGGCUAUCCUCAACUUCCCCAACGAGGUCGGCACCCAAUCCAUCCAAUGGACCUCGCCAGCUCCCCUCGCCGACACCAUCGCCGCCGUGCCCACCGGCGGCAAAAGGAUGAGGCCGGCACAGGAGGAGGAGCGCCUGAGGGUGGUGAAGAAGGAGAGGCUGCAGCUGAAAGAGGAUGAUGACGAGGAUGCUAUUGCCGCGAACUACAGCGCUGCCGACAUCUGGGAGGGGCUGAAGGUGAUCUGCAGCCUGCCGCCCCUCUCGCCGCUGUCGCCGUACCCGCACUUCGCCUUCCCGCAGCUCUCGGUCGUCAACUGA